AUGUUGAAACUUCACGCCCACAGAACUAUUGUUUGCGCCAAGGCCUUCACAUUCACAACCCUAAAACGGUUUCCUAUCGUGCAACAUCAAAUUUUCAAAUUCGACUUCUGCACCACCACCUCGCACCCACAUUCUUUCGCGGUGUCAUACCUCGUCAACAACUGUGGCUUCUCCCUAGAAAACGCUCUCAAAGCUUCUCCCAAGCUCAGAUUCCGCGACCCCCAAAAGCCCGAUUCAGUUUUCUGCUUCUUCCGAAGCCACGGCUUCUCCGACUCUCAAAUAUGCAUUAUCCUCCAAAAAGAACUCCAGUUUCUUUCCUGCAAACCCCAAAAGGUACUGUUGCCAAAGUUCGAGUUUUUACGUUCCAAAGGUGCUUCUUCCCUUGACAUUGUUCGCAUGGUCACCGCCAACCCUUCAUUCCUUAAAAGAAGCUUGGAGAAUCAUAUAAUCCCAGCAUAUGAAUUUGUUAGAGGGAUCAUCCAAUCUGACAAGCAAAUCAUUGAUUUUCUGAUUCAAAAUUCUUAUUUCCUUUUUGAUCCUCGAGUGGCACCUAACGUCAAAUUGUUGCUUGAUUUUGGAGUUACCCACUCGCAAAUUCAUAUUUUGCUCAAGAGACGGCCUCUUGUACUCUGCUCUUCUAAAUUGUUAGAGACGGUUCAGGAAUUGAAGCAAAUGGGCUUCGAUGUUUCAAAGUCAACUUUCUGCAUAGCAUUGCUUGCCAAAAGGACUGUAAACAAAGCCAAAUGGGAGGAGAAGGUUGACACUUUUAAGAAGUGGGGUUGGUCACAAGAACAAAUUCUUGUAGCAUUUAGGAGUCAGCCUUAUAUUAUGUUGUCAUCCCUUGAUAAAAUUAAUGCAGUGUUUAGUUUUUGGGUGGAGCAGGCAGGUUUCAAAUCUCUGGAUCUUGUCAGAGCUCCAGGGAUUUUUCUACUGAGUCUCCAGAAGAGGAUUGCUCCAAGGGCUUCAGUUUUGCAGUUUCUUACCUCAAAAGGUCUGCUACAAAAGGAUGCAAGUCUAAGUAGACCAUUUAUUCUGACUGAGAAGUUGUUCCUGGAAAAGUAUGUGAUACGUUUUAAGGGAGUUUCUUCUCAUCUGUUAAAGCUGUACGAGGAUAAAAUGAGUCUUGAAAAUGAUAGGAACAACACUUGUACGUAG